CCGUUCUUCAUCUGUUAGCAAAACCUGGAAAAAGCGGUUGAACAAUACACAUUAACCUGCAAAUCUGAUAUAUCCAAAUCCUAAUAUCCAUAUUUUUUUCAUGAUUUUUAAUUUAGUUUUCCUUUAAUUUAUCUGUUUUGUCAAUAAAUUAAAUCUUUGGAAUUUUUCAAAGUUUAUUACGUUGAUCAAUUUUCAAUGAAAAAGGUAGGUGGAAACAAAAAGCAGAUAAAGUCUCUUAUCAUCCGAUCAAAACCAAACAGCAAGACAUUAGAUUAAAUUAAUUUACAGAGAUUGGUGGUGGAAUACAUGGCUACUUCUGUCAAGGUGAAGAGCGGCGGCACCCUGCAGGAUGGUUCUUCAAAGGGAAAGAUUGGAUAUUCUGUCACUAAGAAGAAGAUUGAGAGCUCUUCAAGCAAGCAGCAGGCAGCUGAUUCCAAGCAGAAAUCUGUGCAGACUGUUACAAAAACUGAGGUAAAAUCAAAAUUGAAUUCGGUAUCAAAGACGAUAACAAAGAAAACCACGACAAAAGUGAGAGAGAAGAAAGUAUACACUUUGGCAGGCCAGAAGUUUGAUCCUCCAGAAGAGAGAGAACCUUUGAGGAUCUUUUACGAGUCAUUGUCCAAACAGAUACCAACAAGUGAAAUGGCAGAAUUCUGGAUGAUGGAGCAUGGCCUUUUGUCCCCUGAAAGAUCCAGAAAGGCAUACGAGAAGAAGCAGAGAAAGCAAAAGCAACUCCGUUUGGGAACCCCUAUUAAGUCUACACCAAAACCACCAAGUAAACCUGAGAGUUCACAGAGGCCACAACUGCAGGCAUCUAAGAAUGGCGAUGUAAAAGCCAUGAAGAGAGUUAUCAAAGAGAGUGACGACGACGACGAUUUCAUUUUAAGUCCCAAGAGAAGGAGAGCGUAAGCGAGAAAAUUAAUAAAACCCUUCAUUCUCUGCAGCAGUGUACUUUUAGAAAUUGCUCUAUUUAGAUUUCUUUGUAUUCAACCAAAAGAAUUGGGCGGGAACUAUUAGACAUCAGACAAGGUGAGAGAAAGACAUUCUUUGUUACUGUCUAACUUAUGGAAACAAUAAGCAAAGACUUCCAUUUUUACUUC